AUGUCGAUAUGUCUCUGUGAGGGGGGUUGCCUGUGGUACGCUGGUCGUUAUUCUAAGCUUGCUCAGCAGUACCGCUGUGCUCGGGACGGAAGCGUCUCGUUGCGUAACGUCAGGUCGAGGAUAUGCUGGCUUGACGAAAAGUCAGAGGACUACAUGUUACAAAGCACGACCAGUCCCUGGGAGCUUAGACAUGCUUGCUGUGGCGGGAGCCCGUCUGCGAGAGCUAGUAGUAAGCGAAACGGAAGUCGAUGUGUGGAGCCACCCGCUGAACUACGAUUUUAA